AUGUCCCAAUUUCGAAGAGCGUCAAGUAAAGGUCCGCUGAUUGUACUUACUCCCGAGGAAAAACGGGUAUAUGGUCAACUUUUCCAACUCGCUGAUGUUGAUAAAAAGGGUGUGAUCGAAGGGCAGCAUGCUGUUAAAUUCUUUUCAACUUCUGGUUUAUCGCCUUCAAUUUUGAGUGAAAUAUGGCAGAUUGCAGAUAGUGAAAACUUGGGCUAUUUAACACAGCAAAGCUUUAGUGUUUCUGUAAAGUUAAUCGCUCAGGCGAUAAAGUUAGAGAUGUACUCACGAAAUCGAAAUUAUCCUUUGACAAACUCAGCCAGAUUUGCAAUGUAUUUUGUGCAAAAUGCUAUGAACGGUUCAAUUAAAAACCUUCCAUCUGUACUCCCCGAUGGAUUCUAUGACAUGGCUUCAGGAACAACAGCGAAUGCACCAACCUUUCCCACUUCGCCACAACCUCCUUCUAGGAAAAUUUCCGGUGUUGUUGAUGCACCAAUAUCGCCUAUUACUCAAGACUAUUCGUGGGACGUGACUCCUGAUGAUAAAGCAACUUACGAUAAAUAUUUCAAUUCCCUCGACGGAAUUAGCAAUAAAGGAUACCUCACAGGCGAUGAAGCAGCAAGUUUCUUCAUGAAAUCUAGAUUAACGCCAAAUGUAUUGGCACAGAUAUGGGACCUUGCAGAUAUCAGAAAAUCUGGUUCUCUUAAUCGUGAUGAAUUUGCUGUUGCCAUGCACCUAAUGGUUAAAAAGAUGAAUGGAGCAAUUCUACCUGCCACUUUACCACCAAGCCUUAUUCCACCGUCAAUGCGAUCUAUACCUG